GCCCCGGCGCGGGAGGCGAGCGAGAGCUGCGGCGCGUGGGGAGGCGCGUGGGAACCGCGUGGGAACCGCGUGGGAGCCGCAGCCGAACCAAGCAGGCGCCGGGACCGCGCGGCGUCGCCGUCCCCGGCCGGGCCCGGCCCCGCGAGCCGAGCGCGCUCCCCCGUCGCCCACCCGGGCGCGGCUGGAUGCGGCAGGGUCCCCGCGGCGGCGACCCCCGGCCCCGAGCGCCCGGAGCGCCCAGAGGCGGCGUGCGGGGCCCGGGGACGCCGCGCCCUCCAUGCGCCGAGGCGCGCCCCGAGCCAGCCGGGGGCCUGCGCCGCAGCCGCCGCCGCCCGCGCUGAGCCCCGGCCCGGCCCGCGGCCCGCGCCCGGCGGCAGCAUGAGCCAGGCCGAGCUGUCCACCUGCUCCGCGCCGCAGACCCAGCGCAUCUUCCAGGAGGCGGUGCGCAAGGGCAACACGCAGGAGCUGCAGUCGCUGCUGCAGAACAUGACCAGCUGCGAGUUCAACGUGAACUCGUUCGGGCCGGAGGGCCAGACGGCGCUGCACCAGUCGGUCAUCGACGGCAACCUGGAGCUGGUGAAGCUGCUGGUCAAGUUCGGCGCCGACAUCCGCCUGGCCAACCGCGACGGCUGGAGCGCGCUGCACAUCGCGGCGUUCGGCGGCCACCAGGACAUCGUGCUCUAUCUCAUCACCAAGGCCAAGUACGCGGCCGGCGGCCGGUGAUGCCGCCGCGACCCCGCCCCGCCCGCGCGCGUCGUCCCUGCUGCACCCUCCCGCCAACUACCUCGGUGCGCGCCGGGUCAGGCCACGGCGGAUGCGGCGCGUGCGUCCGGCCGGCCCCGGGGUCGGGCAGCCCCGCCGCCGAGCGCCUCCCCGCGGCCGCAGCCGCUUCCCACGGCCGCGCCCGCCGCCUCCAAUCCCCUUUGAAAUUUGAGUCCCGCAACCGGCAAGUUCGGAAUCCCGGGAUACCGGAUCCCCGCGCGAAACGCUUGUCCCGAAGGCGAAAGGCGGGCGGCGGGGGCGCGGCGGACUCGGAGCUAACCCGCCGCCCGCAGGACCCGCCCGGCGCCGAGGAGCAGCCGCCAGGGCCGCCGUGCGCCGCUCGCGCGCGGCCGGGGACACGCUCCGCUGCUCCGGGUGUUCGCGACUAUUUAUCUUGUGUGUGUCCAUUUGUGGGUGAAGUUUGUGCGCCUGGUUUUUGUUUGGAAAACACUGUGCGUGGUCAUGGGGGAGGACGCGUCGUUUUCUAGUCUUUAAAAACGAGUCUCCCAGUUCUUGGUUGCACUGAAAACGCCGCCCGGCCCGUGGCGUUCCCGUGCUGCCCCCACGCCCCCGGCCCGCCCCUGCUCCCCACGUCGACCCCCGCCCUCCUCCUCCCCCUCCCUCAGAUCGUGAGUUUCGGAAGCCCCAGGGCCUCUCUCCCCCGCCCUCCUGGAUGAGGCCACCACCCCCAAACCGGCCUGUUUAGCAGUUUCCCGGGAUCCUGGAAGCGCGCUGGCGCCGGAGGGUGGCGGGGACACGGGGGCGGGGAAGGGCUGAGGGGACGUUCCUUACCUUUUCUAGUGCGUUCUAUCAGUUAACGGUUGCACACUUUUUUAAAAAAGUAAAUGGAUUUGCCACAAUUAAAUGUCAUAACAUUUAUGACAAUAUAAAAUAUUAACAUAUUUUAAGCCAAGUUUUAGGUGUAUUUUUUGAACCUUGGUUAUAAACCCAAUUUUAAAGGGCGAUGUAUCCAGCGUUGUGAAGGCAACAGAGUGUACCCAUAUUUAUAUUUUUAUAAAAUACCUAUAAGACUGUGAAUCUCUUGUGCUAAUGGCCGAGUGAAUUGAAGGACCGCUUUGCCCCUUUCCAGCCUCCCAGAGCGUCGAGGACCCCCCCUUCGAAUCCGAAACCCUGCCAUGGGGGAGGGGCUGCGCCCAGACCUGGGGCCGGGAGGUUCUCCUGCGUCACUUCGGUGAAAGGCGCCCUUCCUGGUUUCUGUGGCUCUGAUUUUCUAUGCAGCCCCACACCCCUUGUUGUUUUGAUCCUGAGAAAUAAAAGGGAGGCUGAAUUAUUCAAAUUUAAAUGAGGUUUCCCCUUCAUGGAAGGGCUGCUGACCCUUCGUGCAGAAAUGGGGAGCACUUGAGGACACAGGUGGGUGGAGGCCCUUUGUGCGUGGCCGGUCCGAUUCGGGCGGCCCUCUGUGGCUUUUUAUAAAACGUUGUGUGAGAAGAAUAUAUUGAUAAUGUCAGCGCAACAAGCAGACAUUGAAAUGGAGGCACAGAUCACUCCACAAGGAGUUCUUCUGUAUAUUUUUUCUAGAUGCAAAUACCUUUUUAAUUAUGUUAAUUAAUGUUAAGACUUUCUAGGCUCAUAUGGAAGCUGUGUGGGUCACGGGAUGAUCACUUCUAACUGGAUAAAGUCUGUGCAGCACAUCCCCGUGUACGAUACUGACUUGUAGCCCAGCGGGAAAAAUUUAUAAAUAAAUUUUUCAUUGAUCUUUUGAUAUUAAAGAAAAA